AUGGAUGGAAUGGACAUUGAUGAUUAUUCAAGGGAUCGAUCUCCAGUAAGAGACCGGGAAAGAUCACCGAUUAGAGACAGGUUUAGUAGAGAUGAUACUUCAUCCGGCAGAAGAGAUUAUGGUGGAUCAAGUUACUCGAGAUCAAGUUAUUCUUCUAGGUCAUCAUAUGGUGACAGAAGAGGUGGAAGCUAUGGUGGAUCCAGGGGAUCAUCAUCACAUGGUGGUGGUGGAUACAGGGGAGGUAGCAGUAGGGACUAUUCUUCAAGGAACUAUGGUUCCGGAGGUGGAGAUAGUAGUGUUGAUUCAGGUUACCGUUCGAAAUCAGAAAGAAACUAUGACAAUUCAAUUUUUGUGGGCAACAUUCCAUUUGAUUCACAGGCGAGAGAUAUUGAGGAUAUCUUUCGAGGUGAUUUUGACAUAGUUCGUGCUGAUAUUGUUACAAACAGAGGCAGAUCAAGAGGUAUGGCUACAGUUGAAUUCAAGACCCACGAUGAUGUUCUCAAAGCCAUUAAUAAAUACGACAAGUUUGUAUAUCAAGGAAGAGCUAUCUUUGUUAGGCAAGAUUAUCCACCACCAGACAAGCAAAAUUUUGGUUCAGGAAGAUCUUUUGAUCGGGGAAGAGACAGAUAUGGCGAUUCGUAUUACGGUAGAGAUAGAGAUAGCUCAAGAGGUGGUUAUGGUCGUGGCGGUGGUGGCGCCGGUGGUGCUAGUGGUGGUUAUGGAAGAAGUGAUUACAGACCUCCCUUGCCUCCAACCACUCCAGGAACUGAGGUUUUUGUUGGUAACUUGCCAUUCUCAAUAAACUGGCAAGCACUCAAGGAUAUCAUGAGAAAGGCCGGAUCAGUCACUAGAGCCGAUGUUAGAUUAGACCAUAUGGGAAGAUCAAGAGGUUUUGGAACUGUUGUUUUUGAAACUCCUGAAGAAGCCGAUGCUGCUGUAGAAAUGUUUCAAGGAUAUGAAAUUGAAGGUAGGAAAUUGGAUACAAGGCAUGGACGCACCGCCUAUUCGCUGACUACUGGCGAUGCCGGUUCUGAUGCUUCAGCUGCUGCUCCAAUUGCUCGCAAGACAAACACAGAGUUUACUCAAGGUGUAUCCGGUGACGGGGAUGAGCCAAAUGACACAAUAUAUGUUGAAAAUUUACCAUUUAGUACUCAAAACGAUGAUUUGUUUGAUUUGUUUGAAACUAUUGGUAAGGUAUCCAAUGCCGAAAUUCAAUAUCAAGAAGAUGGUAGAGCUAGCGGUAAUGCUGUUGUUCAAUUUGAGUCGGUUGACUCUGCUACGACAUCACUCAAUGAAUUGAAUGGCUAUGAAUAUGGUGGACGAAAAUUAAAAAUUUCCUACAAAAAGUUGGGAAUGGCAGAGUGA